UACUUUUCUACACAAAAAAACGAGUAAUUCGACGAAUCCAUAUCAUUUGCAUAGGUGGAGAGAGAGAGAGGGAGGGGGGAGGCGAAUUAAGGAAAAUGACUGUUUCUGGUUCUCUGCAGCUCUCCCUGCAGCUCGCAAAUUGCCGGAACAAUUGGUGCAGUAAGAGAUUUCGGCUGCAGAAUCCGAAUGCAAAAAGCAGAUUAUGUUUAUCGAGCGAUAAUCUGCCCUCAAUAUCGUUGCAACACCAUUCUUGGAGUUCCAAUGUUUCGAAGAGAAUAAAUCCAAGAGUAUGCACCAUUCCUUGUAGAAAUAACCAGCUUAGGUGCCAUUGUUUUUUAAAUCCAGGCGCGCCUUCGGACAUUAACUAUGUAAAGAAUGCAACCUUGACAUUAGCAAGAUCAUUUAAUCGUUUGCAAGGAAGUCCUCUUGUGAUUAAACUGGCUUCAGCCGUCAGUAUUAUUAUCUUUGCUGUAUGGGGACUUGGGCCACUUGUGCGACUUAGCAGAAACUUACUCUUCCAUAAGGGUGAUAAUACUUGGAAAAAGAGUAGUACUUAUCAAAUCACAACAUCUUAUGUUCGGCCAUUGCUACUAUGGACAGGAGCAAUCAUUAUUUGCAGAGCAUUGGAUCCAGUAACUAUACCAACAAAAGCAGGUCAGAUUGUUAAACAAAGGCUCCUAAAUUUUGUCAGAUCUUUGUCAUCAGUGCUGGGCUUUGCAUAUUGUCUGUCAAGUCUGAUCCUACAAGCACAAAAAUUUGCAAUGGAGACAAAUGACUCCAAAGAUACUAGAAAUAUGGGUUUCCAGUUUGCUGGAAAAGCUAUAUAUACAGCUGUGUGGGUUGCGGCUGUUUCAUUGUUUAUGGAGCUGUUAGGUUUCUCAACCCAAAAAUGGCUCACAGCUGGGGGUCUUGGGACGGUCCUGCUCACACUAGCUGGACGUGAGAUCUUUACUAAUUUCCUUUCAAGUGCAAUGAUUCAUGCGACUCGUCCAUUCGUUGUGAAUCAGUGGAUUCAGACCAAGAUUGAAGGUUAUGAUGUUUCUGGGACAGUUGAGCAUGUAGGAUGGUGGUCGCCGACAAUUGUAAGAGGUGAAGAUCGUGAAGCUGUCCACAUUCCCAACCACAAGUUUACUGUGAAUGUUGUGAGAAAUCUCACUCAAAAAACUCAUUGGCGUAUUAAAACCCACCUAGCCAUCAGUCACUUGGAUGUCAGCAAAAUUAAUAACAUUGUAGCUGAUAUGCGCAAGGUAUUGGCGAAGAAUCCUCACGUGGAACAACAGAAAUUGCACAGACGCGUAUUCUUGGACAAUAUUAAUCCUGAAAAUCAGGCCCUCAUGAUAAUGGUGUCCUGCUUUGUGAAGACCUCACAUUUUGAAGAAUAUUUAUGCGUUAAGGAAGCUACUAUGCUCGAUCUACUCAGAGUCAUCAGGCACCAUCGUGCUCGACUGGCCACUCCCAUCCGCACAGUUCAGAAAGUAUAUACUGAUGCGGACUUGGACAAUGUACCAUUUUCAGAAACUAUGUAUGAUCGAGGGGGAGUGUCAAAUCGUCCAGUGCUAUUGAUUGAACCAUCCUAUAAAAUCAAUGGAGAUGAUAAGCCUAGGAACCAGGCUCGAUCAGCACGAGCAAAUGGGGAGGAAGCUGUCAAGGGAACAAAUGACGUGCAAAAAUCAGUCACCAAAGCUGAUUCCGAGGCUGGUAAAAUGCCUAAAGUUGAGACCAAAUCCUCAUCUGAUCCUAAGCACAGUAGCAGUGCAAAAACUGUUGCAAACACUGAUAACAAGCCUGUCGAAGAACAAAGUCCAACAGCAGAUAGUUCCUCUAAGCAACCGCAAAAGGUGGGGCAAGAUGCAAGCUCAGUCUCCUCACCGGAUUUGGGGUCCAGAAGAUCAGACAAUGCCUAUUCAACUUCACAUUCGAAGCAAGCUGCACAGACACCUGCAACUAAGCCAUCUCUGGAAGAGAAUAUAGUCCUCGGGGUUGCUCUGGAUGGCUCGAAGAGGACCCUUCCCAUCGAGGAAGAAAUGGUUGGCCCACCAAAUCCAGAAGACACGAAAGAGUUGGCCUCGUUGCAUAGUGGCAAUGGGCUAGCAGUAACUGAUGAGAAAAACGACAGUAAGAGGCCGAACACCCCUGGCUCACUCAGUAACGAGCAGUCAGAUCUGCAAAAAUAGAAUCAUAUCUGGCCUAUCCCGCACUGCACUAAUUGAAAGUAUAAUCAGAACUGUACAUAUACACAGGCUAUUUUAGAGAUUACUGCAUGAUCUUAGGUACAUCUUCCCUUUGAUUGAUUGGUAAAUAUGGAAGUAAUGGAAAGCUCACAUUAUUGUGCUUCUUA